AUGGGGGAAUGGACUAUACUAGAGAGGCUCCUGGAGGCUGCUGUCCAGCAGCACUCUACUAUGAUAGGAAGGAUCCUGCUGACGGUGGUGGUGAUCUUCCGCAUCCUGAUCGUGGCCAUCGUCGGAGAGACGGUGUACGAUGACGAGCAGACCAUGUUCGUGUGCAACACGCUGCAGCCGGGUUGCAACCAGGCGUGCUACGACAAGGCGUUCCCCAUCUCGCACAUCCGCUACUGGGUCUUCCAGAUCAUCAUGGUGUGCACGCCCAGCCUGUGCUUCAUCACCUACUCGGUGCACCAGUCGGCCAAGCAGAAGGAGCGGCGCUACUCCACCGUCUACCUGACCCUGGACAAGGAGCCCGACUCGCUGCUGAAGCGCAGCGGGAUCCUCGGAGGAGGAGGCGGUGGCGGCGGCGGGGGCGACGAUUCGGCCAAGAAGAUCAAAAACACGGUGGUCAACGGCGUUGUGCUUCAGAAUAGCGAGAACUCCACCAAGGAGGCCGAGCCCGACUGCCUGGAGGUGAAGGAGAUGCCCAACUCGGCGGCCGCCAGAACUACAAAGUCCAAAAUGAGGCGCCAGGAGGGCAUCUCGCGCUUCUACAUCAUCCAGGUGGUGUUCCGCAACGCGCUGGAGAUCGGCUUCCUGGUGGGUCAGUACUUCCUGUACGGCUUCAACGUGCCCUCGGUGUACGAGUGUGACCGCUACCCGUGCAUUAAGGACGUGGAGUGCUAUGUGUCGCGGCCUACGGAGAAGACGGUCUUCCUAGUCUUCAUGUUCGCCGUCAGCGGCUUCUGCGUGGUACUCAACCUAGCCGAGCUCAACCACCUGGGCUGGCGCAAGAUCAAGACGGCGGUGCGCGGUGUGCAGGCCCGCCGGAAGUCUAUUUACGAGAUCCGGAACAAGGACCUGCCGCGGAUGAGCGUGCCCAAUUUCGGGCGCACGCAAUCCAGCGACUCUGCUUACGUCUGA